AUUCAUAAUAAAAAAGAAGCAAGAAACAUAUCAAGAAACUAAAAAUCUAUACAAGAUGAUUAAACGCCUUAGUCUCCUCGCAUUCGUCGUAUAUGCCAUCAUCGCCAUUGUUUUUACAGCAAUAACUGUUAGCUCUGAUGAUGCAGCACCAAUACCAGAGGCUGAAGCUGAAGUAAACGCUUGGUUUGAAGCAAAUGUCAAGCCACUGGCAGACCGUAAGGGCACUUUAAAUGCUGACCUUGAAGCGGCUGAAGCUACUCCCAAAACUAUUAAGGUGAUUAAAGUUUUUAACAAUUGCAGAUUUAUUGGAUUUCAAGAUACAAUAAUGGGCGAUGACAAGGGUUUCCACUUUUUUUUAAAAGAUUCGUACGUUGAAGGCACUUUGAAUUUCAUUUUUGGGAGCGGAAAAGAGUCCUUCUUGGAGUUUGGAGAAUUUAAGAAUUCAGGACCAGGCGCAGCUGCUGAUGGACGUGUUAAAUUUGCCAAGCAACUGACUGAAGCAGAAGUAAAACCUUUCAUUUCUCUUAGUUAUAUUGAAGGUUCUAAAUGGCUGCUUCCUCCUCCCAAAUUGUGAGGAGUAUAUUUAUAGGAGGAAGUAUAUGAAUUUGAGCGAAAUGAUGUUUAGGCGUACAUGAAGCCAUCUACUCUGAAAGAAUCCCUUGUUAUUUUGGAAGGCCUAUCUUAUGGUUUUGGCAUCUUAGUUACCACUUGUGAAUAAGCCAGAUUAGAGUAAUAUAUCUGGUUCUGUAAUUUUCCCAACGAUGAUUUUGCAAUUAUCUCAUUUAUCAGUUUCAUUUAAUUUUUA